GACAUGUAGUUCAGCAAAUGUCUAACCCUGAACAAAGAGAUGCUGAGCGGGAGUCUAUUUAACUCAAACUCCCAUGAUUCAACUCUGUUCAAUUGUGUGCGCAGUUGUUGGCAGAGCCAAAGAGACGCCAGUAGCCUUAGCUUAGGGACAUUGAAUGACUUUGUAGCCCUGUGCGGUAGGGUAAAGAAAGUUACCUAUUUGACAGGUUGACACUAGUAUCGGAGCUCAUGGAGGCCCUUAUACCUGUCAUAAACAAAUUGCAGGAUGCAUUUAACACGGUCGGCGCAGACAUAAUUCAGCUGCCGCAGAUAGUUGUUGUGGGAACUCAGAGCAGUGGGAAGAGUUCUGUUUUAGAGAGCCUGGUUGGCAAGGACAUCCUGCCACGUGGCACUGGCAUCGUCACACGCCGACCCCUUAUCCUACAGCUAGUGCACAUUGACCCAGAGGACCGCAGGAAAACCAGUGAAGAGAAUGGCAUCGACGGGGAGGAAUGGGGCAAAUUCCUACACACCAAAAAUAAGAUCUACACAGACUUUGAGGAGAUCAGGCAAGAAAUUGAAGCAGAAACUGAAAGAAUUUCCGGCAUUAACAAGGGUAUUAGUGAUGAACCCAUUCACCUGAAAAUCUUCUCACCACAUGUUGUGAACCUCACAUUGGUGGACCUUCCCGGCAUUACCAAGGUACCAGUGGGAGAUCAGCCCAAAGACAUAGAGAUCCAGAUCAGAGAACUGAUCUUUAAGUACAUCUCCAACCCCAACUCCAUCAUCCUGGCUGUGACUGCUGCCAAUACAGACAUGGCAACCUCAGAGGCCCUUAAAGUGGCCCGUGAGGUUGACCCUGAUGGCAGGAGGACACUAGCAGUGGUGACCAAGCUGGAUCUGAUGGAUGCUGGUACAGAUGCAAUGGAUGUUUUGAUGGGCAGGGUCAUUCCUGUCAAACUGGGCAUUAUUGGAGUAGUUAACAGGAGUCAGUUGGAUAUCAAUCAAAAGAAGUUAGUAGCAGAUGCCAUCCGUGAUGAAUACGCUUUCCUACAAAAGAAGUACCCCUCCCUUGCAAACAGAAAUGGAACCAAAUAUCUGGCCAGAACAUUGAACAGGUUACUCAUGCACCACAUCAGAGACUGUCUUCCUGAGCUGAAGACUAGGAUCAACGUGCUGGCAUCGCAGUACCAGUCUUUACUCAACAGUUAUGGUGAACCUGUUGAAGACAAGAGCUCCACAUUACUGCAGCUCAUCACCAAGUUUGCUGCAGAGUAUUGCCACACCAUAGAGGGCACGGCCAAGUACAUUGAGACAGCUGAACUAUGUGGUGGAGCAAGAAUCUGUUAUAUAUUUCAUGAGACGUUUGGUCGCACAUUGGAGUCAGUUGAUCCUCUGGGAGGUCUAACAACCAUCGAUGUGCUCACAGCAAUCAGAAAUGCAACGGGCCCGAGGCCUGCAUUAUUUGUGCCUGAGAUUUCGUUUGAGUUGCUGGUGAAGCGGCAGGUCAAGCGCCUGGAGGAGCCCAGUCUGCGCUGCGUGGAGCUGGUUCAUGAGGAGAUGCAGAGGAUUAUCCAGCACUGCAGCAACUACAGCACACAGGAGUUGCUUAGGUUUCCAAAGCUUCAUGAUGCCAUAGUAGAAGUGGUCACCUCAUUACUCCGAAAAAGACUCCCUGUCACAAAUGAAAUGGUCCACAACCUGGUUGCCAUUGAGCUGGCAUAUAUCAACACCAAACACCCUGACUUUGCUGAUGCCUGCGGGCUCAUGAACAAUAACAUAGAGGAGCAGAGACGCAACAGAAUGAGAGACCUCCCCUCUGCUGUCCCCAGAGACAAGGCAGCAGCUGGCGUGUCUCAGAGCGGCUCUGUCAGCGACCAGACAGACAGCGGGACGGGGAACUGGAGGGGCAUGUUGAAGAGGGGAGAGGACAGUACAGCUGGAGACAGGGCCAUGCCCCAACCCCAAUACUAUUCAAGCCCACACAAGGGCCACGCUGUCAACCUACUCGAUGUGCCUGUUCCAGUAUCCAGGAAGUUGUCUGCUCGGGAGCAGAGGGACUGUGAGGUCAUCGAGAGACUCAUCAAGUCAUACUUUCUUAUCGUUCGGAAAAACAUCCAGGACAGUGUACCGAAGGCAGUGAUGCACUUCCUGGUGAACCAUGUGAAGGACUGUCUGCAGAGUGAGCUAGUGGGUCAGUUAUACAAGACGGCCCUGCUGAAUGACCUGCUGACAGAGUCCGAGGACAUGGCUCAGAGACGCAACGAGGCUGCUGACAUGCUCACGGCUUUGCAGAAGGCCAGCCAGGUGAUUGCAGAGAUCAGGGAAACCCACCUGUGGUGAGGCGGCCUCUCUUCAGCGGGCUCUCGUCAUCCCAUGAGUCCUCAUUCAUCAUAGACCAUCAAACCACUGCUGAGUCUCCCAGCACCCAGCACCUAAGACUGCAGAAACAAACAACUUGCACUGGUGUGGAUAUGUGUAUAUCGAAACAUAGUAUUAAUGUACAGUACAGACUUUGAUUUAAGAGCAGCACACAUUCUCCUGUACCUAGAUUAUAUUGUUCUUAUGUAAUUAAAACAAUAUAUAGAUAAUGUUAUACACCACCACUAUGUGGAGCCUUGCUGAGGAAUGUCUGCUCUUAAUGUAGAUUUGAAUUAAAGCUAGAAACAACAAACCCAUGCUA